UUGGUAUCGAGGUCUUGUGAUCUCCCAAGUAUUCAGAACAGAACAGAACCCUAAAGUGUUUCUUUCCCCUGCCUGUCUCUGCAUCUCUGACGAUGGAAUUCAAUACCGCCGACGUGGAAAGGUUUCUUCUGUUCGACCAUGUUCGCAAAGCUUGCGAGGCUCAGUUCGCUAAGAAUCCUCUCGAUUCCGAUAAUUUACUCAAGUGGGCUGGUUCAUUGAUUGAACUUGCUCAGUUCCAGACUAUUCCCGACGCGAAUGUGAUGUUAAAUGAUGCUAUUUCCAAGUUGGAAGAUGUAUUGACAUGGAAUCCAAGGAAGCAUCAGGCUCUUUGUUGUCUUGGCAAUGCCUACACUACCCAAGCUUUUCUUCAUCCUGAUGCUGAUGUUGCUAAGGGUCAUUUCGAUAAAGCCGCUGAAUAUCUUCAAAGAGCUGAAAAUGAAGAUCCAGGAAAUGAGAUAUAUCGCAAGGCUUUGGAUGAUGCACUAAGGGGCCCAGAAAUGCUAAUGCAGCUAAAGCAGGAUGAAAUGAUGCAGCAAGCACUAGCUGGAGGAGGAGGAGGAGGAAAUGCUAACGGUGGUAAGACUAAUAAGAAGAGGAAGAAGAACAAUGACUUCACGUACGAUGUAUGUGGUUGGAUGAUUCUGGCCUGUGGGAUUGUUGCUUGGGUUAGCAUGGCAAAAUCCCUUGCCCCUCCACCACCUCCUGCUAGAUAAAAGCCAUAGUAGUUUACGAGAUUAACGGUUUAUGGCUAAGGUUUUGUUUUACAGACCAGAGCGUGUACACACCUCCAUCGAAUUGCUUUCUUUACUUAAUUAUUAGGGUACUUGUUGAUUUUCGAUAGUUAUAUGCAAAUGGGAGAAUUUCGUCAGUUAUUAUAUG